AACAAGGAAACAGGAAAAGAGGAAAUCAGUAUUUUUUAAAAUCUCAUUAAGCUCUUACCACUUAGACAGAGUCCGGGUUAGUGUAAGAAGGUCUCACCUGAGUCAAAUAAGAUGCCCAGAGGGGAUCAUAACUUCGAUGGCAACUUUGGUGGAGGGAAGAGAUACAGCUCUCUUUCUGCAGAAGAGGCUGCAGGUAUUGGAAUUCUUGUUGUCGUUCUUGCAGUUUUAGUGAUCAUUGGCUGGUGGUAUUACAGAAAACGAAGCGGCUAUAAAAGCAUUAUGAGUAAGAACUUUGGAAUGGUUACUAUGAAGACCGCAGAAGGCAAGAGUGCUUUACUGGGCUCCAGAUUUCCCUUACAGGAGGAUAACAGCAACUAUCACCCUGUGGUACCUGAGGCUCCACCAGCCUAUGAAAAGAUCUCCACCAACCCACUGCCACCCCCUUAUGCACCAUGAAAUAAGAAUAUCAAGUGUGACUUAAUUACAUGCGCUGUCUUUAAUUUCUAGCAGUAAUGUGUGUAUGUAUGUAGGAGAAGGCUCACACUAUUAUAAAUGGUUCCAGAAACCACUGUUGUUUAAAGAAAAUCCCUAUUGCAUGAGAUGUAUUCAAAUGUUUAUAUCACAGCUUUUUGUAUCUUUAAUGUAGUUUUCUAGAAUUCAUUCUGCAUGAAAUAGAUUAUGAAAAAUUAUACACAAGGAACCUGCUAAGAAUAAUAAAUA